CCAACCCUGGCCCCAGCCACCGGCUCCCAGUCUUCCCAGCGCCCAGCCACGCCCCUUCCCUCCAUAUUCCGCCCCCUUUCCCAGCCCGAGCGCUGCCCGCCGGGCGGUUUUGGGGCUUCUCUACCCCCAGUCCUCCGGCCUCAUCGAGGCCACAGCUCUGUGUCCUUGAAAGGAGGCUGUUUCCUGUCCGGGGAAGCUUGUCGGGCGGCAAGCCUCACAGAGUCUGUAGGGCUUGAAGCUCAGCCUUCGUGUUUGUUUUCUUUCGGGCGGGGGCGGGGGAAGGAUGAGGGCUGCGUCGCUUUCAAAAAAAGAUGUCAAAAUUCCAAAUGCAAGUGGAUAGAGAGCAUCUGUGGGGUUGGCCCCGAAGCUGGAGACAUGGUAUAUCAGCCUCUGAAGGCUGCGGUGGGCUCUUCCCUUGGAGUCCAGUCUUUAGGACCUUGCGGGGAUGUCCAGAGGCAACCCCCACCAUCUCUGUUGCCUCAUGGGCUUCAUUGUCUAUUAUAAUCGGCUUUCGUCCCGAGAUAAAUGCGAGGUCUGCGGAUCCCAGCAAAGCCCCUUAGGUGUAAAAGAAGGCUUUUCUGUAGACCGGAUAUCAGUUAAAUACUGUUUCUGCACACCUGGGGUGUUCUUUGUAAUGGCGUUUGCCUGGGAUGCACCACCUUUGGUAAGGCUCAGACAGCGACAUUGGAUGCUGAAUCGCUUCUCUAGGGGUUUGCUAGCCACUUGCACAAAUGACUCCAUGUGCUUUCCCGGUGUUCUGGAAAGCUGCUUUGCACAAUACUAUUCGCAGAAGGGACAUUAUCAAAAACUGAUCUUUGGGGGCCCAUGCGAUCCGUGGAUAUUUGAAAGCAAAUUUUAGAAAAUGUCCAGAAUCUAAUCAAAUUGACUAAUAUUAUUUGAGGCUUGAAUUAAACCGAUUUCUUCCUCCCCCUACCGUCAUAUAUGUAUGUGUAUUGAUUACUAUCCACUAAUGUUAUGUUUUAAUGAGUAUCUUGUGAAUACCACAUUGCCACUAUUUCAAAAUACAGGGUCCAGCAGAAAGGCCUGUUUGAGUGUGGUUGGUAGGUAACAAUAUGAAUGCAAUAAUUUAUAGUUUUCAUUAGUCAUUUCACCUAAAAUGUCAUGGUGUGCUUGAGUGUGAUACUGUUACGGUACAGAAUUACAGAUUUAUGAUUUUGUAAUUAAAAAAGGGGUGUUAUUUGUGCCGGGCCCUGUAUAUUAACAUCCACAUAUCUAUGGCAAUACAAUAUUUCAGCACUCAGAUUUGUUUCUAAAAUGUAUUUUUAGCCACCAGACUCCUUUAAAACAAGCCAAAACUUACAUAGUUCUCUUUAAAGGUUGAAUAACUGGGAUAAUAAUGAUGAAAAAUAAAUGCAGCAGGAUCUCCAUUUAAAGAGAUGUCCAAUAGUCAUCUGCAGAGUAAAAACCCCAUAUUGUCAGAGUUAAUGUAGUUAUUUAUAUAUAAUUUGGUUUUCAUUUAGUAUUUUAUAAAGAGCAGCAUAGGAUUGUUUUCUUUAGUCUGUGAUCUUAUUAUAUUAAUCAUUUGGUUUUGUAGUCAUACAAGGAAAAUGAAUGAGAUGUUCAAACAAUAAAUUGGAUAAUGUAAGGAUUGAAAACGACACUCUUUUGUUGCCGAAGUUGGUGCGAUGGACGUGCGAAGGAACUUCCUUUGGACUCGGUAUACUGUAGCUGGUGUCCAGGGACGAUGUUGGUGCCCAACUGCACUAUUCCCUCUGGAACAUAGGGCUAUAUGUUUGCCUCAAAACUGGCAAACUGCUAUUAAAUUUGACCCUCUUUAAGGACAUUGGUAGUAUUUUAAAAUUACUAGUUUUCUGUGUUUAUUGUAGUGCUAUAGACUGCAAUUUCAAAUGACACGUACUCUUAGUAUAUCAAUUUACACUCUUGAUCUAUAAUUCAUUACCUGAGCGCACCAGGGGAGGCAGUGUUGUGAACAGUACACUGUAAACUACUUUGUGGAACCAUGCAUUGUAUUUUUAACAUGCAUAAUUGUAUUUAAAAUCAAGUAAGCCUUAGUCCUGUGCCUGAUUUUCUUUGAAAAUAUGGAUUUGUUAUCUGAGGGGUGCAGUUGAUGACAUUUUGAUACCAUAUUAAUAUGUUUGCUGCUGCUACCAAGAGCUUUGUCAAGCAAGUUGGAGAUGGAGGGAGAUUAGUUCCUGUUCCAAGCCUUAGUGAGGCUGACAAGUACCAACCUCUAAGUCUGGUGGUGAAAAAGAAGCGAUGCUUUCUGUUUCCUAGAUGUAAAUUUACCUCGACACCUUUUACACUGAAAGAUAUUCUUCUAGGAGACAGAGAAAUUUCAGCUGGUGUUUCAUCUUAUCAGUUACUAAAUUAUGAAGACGAAUCAGAUGUUUCACUCUAUGGAAGGCGAGGCAACCAUAUUGUGAAUGACGUUGGUAUUAAUGUUGCCGGAUCAGAUUCUGUUGCAGUCAAAGCCUCAUUUGGUGUGGUAACGAAACACGAAGUAGAAGUUUCCACGUUACUCAAGGAAAUUACUACUCGAAAAAUUAAUUUUGACCACAGCUUGAUACGUCAGUCGAGGAGCAGCAGAAAGGCAGUAUUGUGCGUGGUCAUGGAGAGCAUCCGGACCACGCGGCAGUGCUCCCUGUCCGUGCACGCAGGGAUUCGCGGGGAGUCCAUGAGGUUUCACUUUAUGGAUGACCAGAAUCCCAAGGGAAGGGACAAAGCUAUUGUUUUCCCAGCACAUACAACCAUAGCUUUCAGUGUUUUUGAACUGUUCAUUUACUUGGAUGGUGCCUUUGACCUUUGUGUCACUUCAGUGUCAAAAGGAGGAUUCGAAAGGGAAGAAACAGCAACGUUUGCACAGUUCUACAGAUUGAGAAAUAUACUCUUUGAAAGAAAUAGAAGAGUGAUGGAUGUCAUUUCUCGUUCACAGCUUUACUUAGAUGAUCUUUUUUCUGACUACCAUGACAAAACUUUCAGCAUGACCGACAUUUCCCUCAAAGAAGGGACGCACAUCCGAGUUAACUUACUUAAUCACAACAUCCCAAAAGGACCUUGCAUUCUCUGUGGAAUGGGAAACUUGAAAAGGGAGACGGUUUAUGGGUGCUUUCAGUGCUCUGUCGAUGGGCAGAAGUACGUGAGACUUCAUGCAGUUCCCUGUUUUGAUGUUUGGCACAAGAGAAUGAAAUAAAAUACAAAAUGUAUCUGCCUGUGUUUAAGGCGCAGCUGUACCACACACGUUCCCAGACCCCCGGGUUCUCUUUGGUGAACUGUGGCAAGUUAAAGAGGGACAGGAAACAGAUGAAUCUCUCUGGGCAUCAUUCCCCACAUAUAAAGUGGACAGGAGAAUGAUGAAAUCUUCUCGUAAGUUGUCAUGAAGGUUAAUACUUUUUGUUUAAAAAAGGCUUAAAUAUAAAAUAAGAAUGUAGAUGUUGUCUAUAAAAUCUGCCAGCUGCAUUAGAAGUACUUUGGGUAUUUAGUCCACCAUUUUAGGAAACUUUUACAUAGAGGUUUUUUUGAAAUACUAAUUUGAUUUUAAUCAGCCUUUAAUUAAAUUUAAGGAUGAAAAGAAUGUACAAGAGGUGACUUUAUGGUGCUUUAAGUAUUGCCUUAUGUCUGGUAAAAUGAGAAAAAUGUGUUAAUAAUUUAAUGUAACCCUAACUGUUUAAUUGCAGUAUCAGAUUAAAAGCACACCGAGCUCAGUGUGGGCAUUGCGCACACAGUUAACAGGGCGACUGAGAGUCACUACAUGGGCUGCUAUUCUGUACUAUACAUAUGCUUGCCAGCCUGGGCUUCACAAAAUUCACCACUGUCAUUUCAAAGUUAAGACAGCUAGGACAUGUUCAUUUCUUGUCUUUUUUGAAAAUGUUUAAAACUUUUAACAUAUUUAUUCCUGAGCAAUCUUUUUUGUCUGCUCUGUGAGACAUCUGAAAUUUUUCUUAAACAACCUAAAUUAUUUACUAUCUACCCUUAUGAAAAUAAUUGCAAAAAUAACAUGUUCAAAUUCUAGACCUCAGAAGUGUGUAAUUACAGCACUCAUGGUUAGCUAUAUGCCUAUGAAGGUGUAACACAAUUGUGCAAACACAAACUACUUGUA